UAACAUAUUUACUUUCUCUUAAUUUGAUGUUUUUAUAUUUUAUUUUCAGAAGUACAAGAUGAAUCCAGAAAAGUUGAAGCAGCUUCAGGCCCAGGUUGCAAAUGUCAGAAUCGGUGGAAAGGGAACAGCUCGACGAAAGAAGAAGGUUAUUCACAGAACAGCUACAACAGAUGAUAAAAAACUACAGUCCAGUCUUAAAAAAUUGUCAGUUAACAAUAUUCCCGGAAUUGAGGAAGUUAACAUGAUUAAGGACGACGGCACAGUAAUUCACUUCAACAAUCCUAAGGUUCAGGCAUCUCUUGCAGCCAACACAUUCGCAGUCACAGGGCACGCAGAGAACAAACAAAUAACUGAGAUGCUUCCUGGAAUCCUGAACCAGCUUGGAGCUGAUAGUUUGACCCACCUCAAGCGUCUCGCCAGCGCAGUCCCCGGCAUGACCUCCGGCGGCGGAAUCCCCGACGGAAACAUGGCCGACGAUGAAGUGCCAGACCUUGUGGAAAAUUUUGACGAGGUUUCCAAGAAUGAAACUGCAACGGAGACCGCUACCGAAGAAAAAUCCGCAGCAGAGGAUAAAGAUAGUUCAACCAAACUGUAGCCACGUAGUGUUGGUAAGCCAAGGAGUGAUUUAG